AUGAGCAAGCGCAAGCGCUCCGCGAAUGCAUAUUUCCGUUAUCGAAGUUCACGAAUUUAUAAGCGGAAGCUUAGAAUGACCGAGUGCUCAAAAAUUACCAGUGAAGAAUGGAAAUCAGUUGAUGAUUCCCAAAAAUGCAAAUUUUAUCAAGAAUACGCAAAAGAUCUGGUAAUGAAAGAAGCUGAUUCCGGCGGAAAUGGUCUGACAGUAAAGACUUAUGAACAAUAUGGUAACAUCGCCUUCGUACGUGAAACGCCUAUUCCAAAAAAAAAAACAAACGCUGUUGGUAAAAAAGUUUUGUCGCAAAUAAAGCGUGUUAUGGUUCAGGCUCCUUCUAUCUCGUUUGAGGGUGAACGAAACCUAAAUAAUAAUCAAACGAACGCACAUUCUUAUUAUGCCGAAUUCGGUGGCGAAGUUGUAUUGCAUGAUCAAGAAGAUUGGUUCCAAAAAUACACGGUUGGCACUGAUUUUGCAAAAUAUUAA